AACAAUGUUAUUCAAUUUUAAUUUAGUUAAAUUGAUGUCCAGGUAAUAAUAUUCUUAUGUUGACAUUAGCAGGAUCUUUGUUAAAAUGUAAAAGAUGGAAAUAACGUUCCAUUAAGUGAGAACGCUCUCUGCCAACUUUGAGAAGAUCUUUGCAUGAUGUUGGCCGAAGUUCUGUGAAGGAUCCCCAUUAGCUGGAGAAGCCUUGUCAUGUUUCUGUGCUGUCGCCUCUAUAAAUUAACACACAUGUGAAGCAGCAGCACCGCACUCGCCACUGUAAAGCAACAACAGGUUUUCCGGUUCACUCCAACGUCUUGGUGCAUAUAUACUGCGGCGCCACAAUGAAGCGGAAGAUUGAAUUUAAUGAGACCCGAGGGGUGGGAUUGAAAAGAAGGCAGCGUGUGAGCCCGAGAAGCGCCUGCCUGUUUGUGAAGGGAAAGCGGCACAUGGGUGCAGAGAGUGUUAAAGUGCUUUACGGGGCGUGAGAGCGACAUGUCCGGGGAAGGAGCGCCGGGGACCUGCCAGUGAGGACUCUGCGCCCCGACCUCCGCAUCACCACACCUCCACCGCCACGAAAGGGAGCUGCCUUUAUUCAAGCGAUCCGCCGUUUCUCUUCCGAAUGCUGGGAGCCAUGCAUGAGAAAUACAGCCUGACCUCCCCCGAGAACCUGCCCCGGGACGCCGAGGGGAAGGAAUCGCUGUUCGCUGGAGGAACUCUCCCAAAGCGAGGGAUGCUGGUGGGACUGGAUGUCAUCUGCCUGCUCGUAGCGUCCAUCCCCUUCUUUGCCUGCGAGCUGAAGGCUGUCACCCCGUACCAGAGAGGGUUAUUCUGUGGGGACUCCAGCAUCACCUAUCCGUACCUGGAGAGUGAGGCUAUUCCAGACGGGCUUCUCAUCGCUGGGGGCAUCAUCAUCACGGGGCUGACAAUCGCACUGGGCGAGUCCUACCGCGUCCGCUUCUGCGGCGUGAAGUCUCGUGCUUUUGUCAGGAACCUCUACGUGUCGACACUGUACAAGGAGCUGGGCAGCUUCCUGUUUGGCUGCUGCGUCGGCCAGUCGAUGACCAACGUGGCCAAGCUGUGCGUGGGGCGCCUCAGGCCUCAUUUCCUGUCGGUGUGCAACAUCACAUAUGCCUCCCUGAACUGUACCGUCGGAACGUACAUCCCCCACAUCACCUGCAAGCAGCCAGACCAUGCGAUGGUGGAGGAGGCCAGGAAGUCCUUCUUCUCAGGCCACGCCUCCUUCGCCAUGUACACCAUGCUUUACCUGGCGUUCUACCUGCAGGCUCGGCUGGCUGGGUCCGGGGCCCGACUCCUUAGACCCUUGUUGCAGCUCGUGCUGGUUCUGCUGGCCCUGUACACCGGUCUGAGCCGCAUCUCGGACUAUCGGCACCACCCCGGCGAUGUGCUCACCGGCUUCCUGCAGGGGGCGCUGACGGCCUGCUGGGCGGCCUUCUGCAUCUCCUCCAUGUUUAAGAGCUCGCAGUCCGGUCUGUCACCCACCGGUGUGUCCUUGGACAUUUCCCCAAGCAGCCAGCAGACAGUGUGCUAGCAUGGAGUGAGGAGGCGGGGGGCCGUGGGGGUCCGGGUGAGGAGGCACCUGAGCCACACUGGUAAUCAGCACACAGAGAGCGGUUGAGUAGUGAUGAUUUCAGGGGGCAGAUAUGCCUUGGCUGCAAAGCCUCACUGCAUCUGCCUCUCCUGUGCACAGUUAUAAGCAAAUGUAUAUUCAGCAUCUUAAAGGCGUCAUUUUUAUGUUAUGAACAUAAAAGCAUUUUUUUUUCUAUUUUUAAAAGUAUUUUUGUGAAGAUGUUCUAGCUGUUGCUGCUAAUCAUGAGUGUAACUGUUCAACUAAAGCUGAGCUGCCUUUUCAUUGGCUGUGUGUGUGUGUGUGUGUAUGUGUGUGUGUGUGUGUGUGUGUGUGUGUGUGUGUGUGCAUUGAUGUAUGUGUGUGCAUACAUAUGCAUGUGUAUGUGUGUGUAUUGUACAUGUGUGUGUGUAUUGUACAUGCGUGUGUGUAUGUGUGUAUUGUACAUGUGUGUGUGCAUGUGUGUGUGUGUAUUGUACAUGUGUGUGUGUGUGGGUGCGCAUGUGUGAUCAUAUAAUUAUGACAUGUUUGGGCAUGUAUGUGUGCAUGGGUGCCUGUGUGUUUACCAUGCUGGUAUCUCACUGGGGUUUUUCUCAGCACCCCCUGGCCCCCUCCCAGCCACAAUGGAAAGGAGACAGCAGACAGAGUGCCAGGGGGGGCAGCUGUGCAGAGGGGCGGCUGGGCGUGAUGUAGGAGGAUCCUGCGGUGUGGGGCGUUAUGAGGACUAAAUGACGGCUGUGUGUCUCUUUCGUGGUUUUGUCUGGGCACCACAGACUGCGGGCAGAAGACGCAUCUAAUUCUGUUGUGUUUUGAUGGAUUAGUGGGGAAAAGCUCUCAUUUUUAUUUUUCUUUAUUUAGGUUCUAAUUUACUCUUGUCGUGCUUUAAUGAAAUGUUUAAUGGGAACCUUGUUCUAACCACUGCCGGUGAGUCCGUCCCUGAGCAUCACCGCCCGCCUAAGCCUGGCUGCAGUCUCCUCCCCAUGACCUUUGACCUGAACCUUCAGCUCAAAGAGUCGUCUCCCUGCUGUGGGAUGUUGUGGGCUGCCCCGUGCUCGCUGCCCUAACAUUUCCUGUUUUAUUUACCAUUUAACCAUCUGCGUCUCCCACAUCAACGUUCCGUGCCUCUGCGGUUCUCCCAAUUCAGGCGGAACGAAUGUAAAUAGACGGCGCCCUAGACGCCAGGCGUGCGUGAUGUUAAGGCCACGCGGUUUGUGUUUGUAUGUUUGUCAGGUACCAUGCAUUUGGCCGUUGAGAUGCGGACUAAAGACUGAGCCAGCUAGCGAUAGAAGAUAGCUGUAUUUAUCAUAGUAUUAUCUGAUUGUUCAUUUGUUUCCUUGUAUAAAUGCCAGAAAUUUGGAAAUAACCACUGUUCUCAAUCAUAUCUGUAAAAAAAAAAUAAAGUAUUAUAAUCUUUUUA